AUGCAGAAAUCAUUCGACAUGAAGGGUUUUAUGAAGGGAAUACAGGACCUGAGGUUGGAUUGUCCCCAAGCGCAGACGCUGGAGACGCCGGAGCACAGUCGGGCCGCCAAAGCUGUUAAGGUUACCCUUCCUGGACAUGCCUACACCUCCAAGAUGUCUCUGCCUGGCCUUGACUUAUCUGCUCCUGUUGAGACUUUCGCGACGCCGACUGUUCAUGAGCUCAAGGAGCAAACAGAAUGGAGAUUCGAGGUUGCUUUUGGUACCAAAGUUGAGGUUCGGCUCCUCUCAGGCACUGCUGAACUUUUUGGCACCGAGCUCCCUAUCAAUCAGAAUUACACCUUCACUGGCACUAAAGCGGCCAUCUACACGUGGCAUGGUUGUCGCAUCGAGGUCGUCGGCGACUGCCAAGUCGAUUAUAUCGCCGAAGAGACCCCCAUGAUGAUCUAUGCGAACCUACAUUUUGCUCUAGAGAACCUACGCGAUAAAGCGAAUUCAGAAGGAAGAGAUGGACCUCGGGUGUUAAUAGUGGGUUCGGAGAACGCAGGGAAGACCAGUCUAGUCAAGAUACUUACAGCAUACGCUACGAAAGUUGGUCGACAGCCUGUGGUGGUCAAUCUUGAUACGAAAGAAGGCAUGUUGAGCAUACCUGGAACACUCUCUGCCACAACGUUCACCUCGGUCAUAGACGUGGAGAAUGGAUGGGGAAGCAGUCCAAUGAAUGGGCCUAGCCAAGUGCCCGUCAAGCUGCCUCUGGUGUACUAUAUGGGACUAGCCAAUCCGGAAGAGAAGACUCUGAUAUUCAAGCCCGUUGUGACCCGGCUCGCAUUGUCCGUGAUGAACCGGUUACAGGAUGAUAGUGAAGCCAAAGAAACAGGGGUCAUCAUUGACACACCAGGCAUUAUCAGUCAAGGCAAAGGCGGCUAUGAAAUGAUCCAGCACAUCGUCUCGGAGUUCUCAGUCAGUGCGAUGGUAGUCCUUGGCUCCGAAAGACUAUACAAUGACAUGCUCCGACGCUUCAGCGGCCAGAAGACCGGCGCUGGCGAGACCAUUGCUGUCGUCAAAGUGGACAAGUCUGGCGGAUGUGUCGAUCGAGACGAAGCAUACCUACAGCAAUUCCGCCAGUCUCAAAUCCGGGAGUACUUCUUUGGCGACGUCAAUGCCACGUUAAGCCCACAUACGCAACAGAUCGACUUCAACCAGCUGAUCAUAUACAAGUUGGCCGAGCCAAUCGAUGACCUGCUCAAAUCACUGAUGCCUGGAGACGUGACAGAAGAUAGCAUCUCCGCCAUCUUCAACAAGGUCCGACCGUCCCCGCAGAUGCAAAAUGCGAUCCUCACCAUCGUAAACGCCCACCCUGAAGAUACGCAGGAGAACAUCCGUGAUGCCAGCGUGAUGGGGUUCAUAUACAUUGCCGAUGUAGAUGGAGAAAAAAACAAGCUGAAGGUGCUUGCACCCGUAGGGGGAAGAUUGCCAAAUAAGGCCAUUAUAUGGGGUUCAUGGCCUGAAGGAAUCUCUGACUUGAUGUGA